GCUCAGGCCCAUGGAGGUGGGGGUGGGGGAAGCUCAAGAACUUCUGCCUGUGGGGCCAGCCCCGAACCUUCCACUGGGCCUAAAUUUAUCCACAACCAGAGACCCCCCCACAGACCCGGCCUGCCCAGCCCGCAGCAGGGUGUCGAGGCACCAGGGGAAGGGGACGGAGGGUCCCAGUCCCAUUGCUGGGGGCCCUGCUCUGGUGGGGGCUGGUCCCUGGGCUGGCCCCGCUCUCCAGCUGCCCCGGGGCCAUGGCAGGCGCCGGGCGAGUCCUGCAGCCCAACCCCAGACCCUGCUCUGCCCCCUACGAGGGAGAAGUAUGGAACCGAGCCCUGCUGGGGCCGGCUCUGCCUGGCAACGGAUGAUGCUGCCCAGACCCGAUGCUGACUGGCCCCUGGGCUGGGGGUGCCCAAUCCCCGUGGCCGUGGGCAGCGUCCCGGGUCUGGUGCUCGGAGCUGGGCAGAGAAGGUCUCAGUCUGCGGGGUCCCGACGACUUUCCAGAUCUCUCCCUCCUGAGCAGCGAUGGGGACUGGUUGGAUCCUGGGGGCCGGGAGCCGCUGGGCUGGGGCUCUGCUCGUGACACUGACGGUGCUGAGAACCCACCUGGCUCAUUGCACAGAGCCCCCAGAGCAUUUCCUGUUCCAGGCGAAGGGCGAGUGUCUCUACACCAACGGCACCGGGCGGGUCCGGUACCUGCAGCGCUACAUCUGGGACCGGCAGCAGAUCGUGCACUUCGACAGCGAGCUGGGGGUGCACGUGGCGGACACGGAGCUGGGCCGGCCGAGUGCCGAGCAUUGGAACAAGGACCCGGCGAUCCUGGCACAGCAGCGGGGGGAGGUGGACCGGUUCUGCCGGCACAACUACGGGGUGUUCGAGCCGUUCACCAUCGACCGGAGCGUUCAGCCCAAGGUGAAAGUUUCCCCCACGACAUCGGGGUCUGGGCCCCACUCCCACCUGCUGGUUUGCUCCGUGACGGGGUUUUACCCCUCGGGGAUCGAGAUCAAGUGGCUGAAGAACGGGCAGGAGCAGACGGCCGGGGUGGUGUCCACGGAGCUGCUCCAGAACGGAGACUGGACCUUCCAGAUCCUGGUGAUGCUGGAGAUGAGCCCCCGGCGCGGGGACGUCUACACCUGCCAGGUGGAGCACAUCAGCCUGCGGGGCCCCCUCAGCGUGAACUGGGAGGCACAGUCUGAUGCUGCCAGGAGCAAGAUGCUGACGGGCGUCGGGGGCUUCGUGCUGGGGCUGAUCUUCCUGGUGCCAGGACUCCUCAUCUACCUGAAGAAUAAGAAAGGGCGCCCCAUUCCCCAACCUGCAGGGCUCCUGAGUUAGAUCCUGGGCGUCGGACCCCCGGCCAGCAGGAGUUUCCAUCCGUCUCUCCCAGCCCCUCGCUCAGCCCGGAGAAUGCAGAACCUGGGGCCGGUCCCUUCCCAUCACCGUCUGCUCCCCGCGCUCUGCCCGGCUCCAGCCCGCGCUGCCCCCGCCUGGGGACCCGUCCCUGCCCCUCAGUCCCCACAGGGUCUGCUCCGGGGGCGACCCCUCCUGCGUUAACCCUUUCCCUGCCCCAGCCCAGCCCCACGUUCCCUCUCGCUGACCCCGCGGCCCUCGGGGAACCUUUGGGGGACGCUGCUCCACAGCCCGGGGGGAAGCCGGACCGAGGCCGGGCGCUGUUAGAACUGCUGCACCCUAAUAAACCACCCCAGCCCCCCCCCGGCU